AAAGAGCUUGCACAGUUUCGCAGAGAUAGUACGCAUGUAAAUGCAUGCAUACAUAAAUACAUAUACAAAUAUUUAUCGCUGUAGCAAAAAUAGUAACAAUUUUUAACAUAAUAAUUAAAUUUUAAUUUGCAGUUUAUUUUCUAAGUUCACAUUUUAACCAUUUAAUUUUUGAAAUGUCAAUUACAAUUUAUUUAUUCUGCUUAUUGAGCAUCUACAUAUUACGAGUUGGAAGUCGAAGCGAUUUUAAUGCUUCUGAUACUACAAAAGCGGGAAAUCUUCAGUUUAGCCCAAAAUGUUGGACACGCGGGUUCAUUUACCAUCCCGAUCAUUGGACAAAAUGUGUCUGCAAGCGUUUAUUUUACGCCAAAUGCGAAAAGGAUGAUAGCACCAGAGAAAAUGAUUAUUCGCAUCCAUUAGACCCAUUGUCGCCUGAAGAAAUUAAGCAAACAAAAAAUAUUAUACUUGGAUCUGUGAAUGGCAGUCAAGGGACUUUAAUAUUCAACACGAUUACACUUCAAGAACCUGCCAAGUCAGAAAUGCUGCAUUAUUUUUUGUCUAGUACGGAUCCACCAAGAUUCCUGUUUCCAAGAAGAUCAAUAUCAAUUGCAUGGAAUGGCGAGACGGGAAGAGUUUAUGAGAUCACGGUUAACCUAAACUCUGCCUUGAUCGAAGUAUUUACUACAAUGCCUGAAAACAUAAAAGUUCCAAUUAUUUCCCCCGAUGACAAUGAAGUGGUUACGCAAGCCAUCAAAAAAGACAAUCGCGUCAUUCAGCGAUGUCUAGCACUUGGAAUUUCGAACAUGGAUCUCGUCUAUUCCUCUGCCACUUGGCCGAUUGGGUACAUCGAAGAUAGACCCGAAUAUGCUAAUCUCAAACGACCUUACCAAGUGUACAUGUACACUCAAAAUUUUAACGGGGACAAUGCAUAUGCACAUCCUCUCCCCUUCGUCGUAAUUGUGGAUGUAAUUGGGCCAGUUGUCGUUGCCAUUGAAAACUUACCAACUCAUGCAGAGUACGAUUCCGGAGAGAACCAAAAUGGGAACGUGGUACCAAAAACGCCAUCAAAUUACGAUUCCGACUUUCGACCCCCCAAUUUCUUGCGGCGUGAUGACAAACCAAUCAAAGUGUCCUCUCCGAAAGGUCCGAGUUAUAAAGUGAAAGGGAAUUUGAUAGAGUGGCAGAAAUUUAAAAUUAGAAUUGGGUUUACUGCUAGAGAAGGUUUGAUUUUGCACCACGUCACUUACAACGACAACGGAACCGUUCGUCCCAUCCUGUAUCGCGCCUCAAUUUCAGAAUUAGGUUCAAUUUAUGGUGACCCUAGGCCCCCGUUUCACCGAAAGUAUUCAAUGGAUGCCAGCCAAGUGGGGUUGGGAUGGCUUUCGGACGAGUUAAUUAGUCAGGAAGACUGCGUCGGCGAAACGACAUUUUUUAAUGUGACGGUCAAUAAUAACUUUGGAGAUCCUGUCGUAAUAAGAAAAGGAAUUUGCGUCACUGAAGAGGAUGCCGGUAUUUUAUGGAAACAUGUCGAUUUUCGAAACAAAAAAUCCGUCACUGUUCGAUCGCAUCGUUUGGUCAUCAGUUUUAUUUCUACGACAGGAAAUUAUGACUUUUUACUUAGCUGGAUUUUCUAUCAAGACGCAAGUAUCCAGUUCGAAGGAUCAUUUACAGGAAUUGUAAGUACGAACAUGCUUGCAGUGGGUGGAACAAAUGGAGGUUUUGGGAGCGUAGUAUUCCCGCAAGUUAACGCACAGUAUCAUCAACACGUAGUUGCACUCCGUCUAGACACAGAAAUUGACGGGAAUGCAAAUUCAGUAGAAAUGAGAGACGUCGUCCCUGUAACUGGCCCCACGGGAUCUAAUGAAAACCCGUAUGGACAGGGUAUCACGGUUCUAAACACUCCGCUAAAAACACAAGCUGACGGACGCACAAAAAUUAGUCCGUUAACUGGAAGAGUUUGGGUGAUUACGAAUCCACAAGCAAUUCACCCCGCUACAAAUUCCCCAGUCGGAUGGAAACUUAUGCCUAGUGAAACUGCCCAGAUAAUGGCGAAACCGGAUAGUCCGAUGGUCAAUCCCAAAUUGGGCUUUUUGUUUGACGACGUGUGGAUUACUCGGUAUGAAGAGGGACAUUUAUACGCUGGAGGGACUUAUUUAAAUAACAGUGGAUUGCCCGAGUGGGUGGGGACCGAUCCUGGCGGCAGUAUUGAAAAUACGGAUAUUGUGCUUUGGCAUGUUUUCAGCCCAGUUCACAUUCCUAGGGUCGAGGAUUUUCCAGUGAUGUCGUCAGAGAGUCAUCAAGUCUGGCUUAAGCCGCACAAUUUCUUCAUAGAAAAUCCUGCCAUUGACGUCCCACCACCGCGUUUGAGAAAACAUGAGUUUUAGUUUUACAUACACCAAAUUGAUUCAAACUGCUUUGGAUGCUGAAAUAUUUUUUGUUCAGGUUGAUGUAUUAAUUAUCACGCUAUUUAUCCUGUCCUUGUGUCCGAAUUACGGCAUUCCUUUUUCGUUCAUUAUACAUACGUUAAAUAAAUUAUUUAAAUUAUUUCUUCACUUCUC